CCUUAAGAAGGCUCACGACACGCAGGGGUGCAAAGCCCCGACGCAUAGGCUGUAUCCGGGAUCUCAGAGCCGCGGCUGCUACUGCCCUCAUAUCCUGAGUUUAGGCGCGCACCACAACUAGGACAGUCCGAUAGUCACCACGUCCCUCGGAGCAAGUUCACUUUCGCUUGCUCUGAUGAUGCCACCGGCAUGGUUGCUGUUCAUCUGGACGCUGGCUUCCUUGAUUAUCCUGCCCUCUCAGGCUACUCACGUCGCCGACAGACUAGGUGCGACCGAUAGCCUCUCGCUCAACACUUCAGGUCUCAAAGCGCCGGUCUCAUCUGCAAGCAAUGUCUCUGGACUACACUUUAGCCUACCACCCUCUUUCUGGAGCCUCUGGAUAUGCCAGCCGCCGAGCAAAGCUUCUCUAUACCCAAGCAAACUAUCUUUAUGGCCCAGAUAUCAACGUGGGAGGACAGCAACCGUGGUAUCCGGCCGGCACUCUGGGCUUAGCCACCGCCGCAGAUGACACGACGACGCUUGGAAACGAGACCAUUGCGUGGGCCGAGCUCUUGACCGAAAGAAUGCAGAAAGCUGUACCGAAGAACCUGGCCUCGGGAGGUUUCAAGACGCUGAGUGACUACACAAAGCUCUAUAACGGCACACUGGACGAUCUCAUCCCUGAUGCACCUUAUCCUGGCAUUCUGGAAAACAUGGACUCGGACUUUCUCUUCAGCUCGUUGAGGCUUUGCGCCGAGCCUUGGUCUCUCCGAAGACUCAAGCCGGGAUCCGAUCAGGUUUCAUUCCCCGUCAGCGACGGAGACAGUCGCAAGAUUUCGACCUUGACCACCUCCGAGCUGCUUGCCGCCAAUCGCCUCUUCUAUGUCGGCUAUACCUCUCAGGCGGGGCUGCAGCCAUAUCGAUUGCCCGGACUUGGCAGAGGUUUGACCCAUGGGGGAAGGUGGUGGGAUAGGUCCUCCUGAAGAGAAAUGAGCCUUCGGUGGUUGCCAUCUGGAAGAUGGGUUCGCUGCGACUGCGGCCUUUUCGGAGGACGAGGAUGGCUGAGAGAGGUAAGAGGGUGGAAAUGCUGGGAGGGAUG